CAAUUUGAUGGAUGAAGGAGAGGAAGAUGCUACUGCUCUGUUCAAUGGAUGAAGGAGGCUGUUUCUGCCCACUAGGAAGGAGAGGAAGGUGAGCAGCAGAUGCUGCUCUGUUCGGUGUUGCUGCUUUGUUCGAUGUUGCUGCUUUGUUCGGUGAAGGGGAAGAGUAGGGAUUGUUCGGUGAAAGGGAAGAGGUCCGAAGAGCAGGGAGGUCGGUGGAGGAAGGCAACGAAGAUGAGCUACGAAAGGCUGGAAAGGCUACCGACGAUGGUGGUUGAGAGCAGAUGCAGAUCUGUUCUACUACUCCUCUGUUCGGUGGGAGAAGCUAUUGUUGUUCAAUGGAGAAGGUAAGGAAGAUGAGUCGCGAAGGGUUGGAAAGGCUGUCGAUGGUGGUGGUUAAGAGCAAGGAGGUCGACAGAGGAAAGAUUUGUUUCUUCUUCUUUCUAUUUUCUGCACUUUGUAGUGAUUUUGGGUUGCCAAGUAUGGGUUUUUUUUUUGUUUUCAGUUUUGACCUUCUACUAUGGUUUUUUUUUUUAAUCUAAUCUUAAUUGAAGUUUAGGGAUUUUUAAUGUAAUAAUAUUAAAAAGAUGAGAUGAAA